AUGAUAUUUACCAAAGAGUAUUUUCAAGCAAUUUCUAAGCAAAAAGAAGUUUUUAUUUUGAUAAUAAUUACUUCUAAAAAGCCUAAUCUUGAUCAAUCUAAAUAUGAUAUGGCAGCAAUUAUUACAAUUUUACAAGAAGAAAGAUUUUGUAAUCAAUGUGAUAUACUUUGUUGGCCUACAAAUAAAGGUCAUAUUAAAUUAACAGAUACUUAUUAUACAAUUUGGGCUCAUAGUAUA